CCGGCUUGGACAAGAGUUUCUACGAGAAGUUGAUGGACAUCGUGAAAAACCCGGGAAGCUAUGGGCCGAAACAAGCCUUACAAGCGAGCAGUCUGAAGCGCGCCGCGCAGGCGGAGCGAGAGCGGCAACUGCUGCUUUUGGCAGAACAGGACGACGAUGAACAGGACUUAGCCAAGGGUUUAGACGAACAAUCGCCAGCGAAGAGAGCAAGGCCGAACGAGACGGUGGGAGGCAGCAGCAGCAGUACAGGAGGCCAGGGAGAUGCAGCUUCUAGUGGAGACGGGAUGGUCCGCGAAGUCGACCAUCGCAUCGACGCUGAUGCCGACAAAGCCGAGCUCGAAAAACUGAAUGCCAAGUUAAAGGGUAAAGCUGCCAACGAGAAGCAGCGGCGACAGGACAAGGCUGGGCAGGGCGGUCGAGGUAAUUUCCGAAAAGAAGGCGAAGCUGACGAUGGUCGCGGCCCAAUAGGCGCUGGAAGUAUGGGUAAUAUCAUUUUCGGCAGCGAAGAAGAGCGGCGCGACGCGAUUAAUCAAUUGAAGCAAGCGGGCAGACACAAAUACUUGGCCGAGCGUGAGGACCGCCAGUUGGAGCUCACCAAGCGGCUUCUAACCGCGCAGAAAGAACUGAUGCAGUACGAGAAACUAACUGUGGAGGAACAGAGAAAGAUGGCGAUCCAGGAAGAGAUGUACCAGAAAGCUUUGGAACACAAGAAGCGGCGCGAACGGGGCGUAGAAUACGACGGCUACCAGAUGCCGGACAAUUUGGACAAGGAAACGGGCACGAACAGGCUGGACAAGUUGCAGCAAACUUUGGGACUGCAGCAGUCGAGACGCGGUGGGGACAAGGAGGAACUCGGUGACCAAGAGCGGUUUGAGCAGGACAAGCUGCGAACCGCGAUGGGCCGGUUCCGCAAGACUAUGGACGAAGAAGAAAAAAGGGGCUACGAGCUUAUCAUGGAGAAUCAGGUAGAAUUCGAGAUGCUCGAGACGCAUGGAGGGAAUUUCAAGGCUAAAGACGGAACUGCAUCGACGGUCACGGCCGCAUCGGGCUCGUCUUACGCACACUCCGGCCAGCAGGGUGCUUCGUCCCUCGCUGCUCUUACAACCGCAGAAGGUGACAACGCGCGCUUUGAUCGUAGUCGCGAUGAGCGCGUGGCGCUAGCGAGAGCAGAGCAGCAACGGAAACGCGACAAGCUAAUGGCUGGCCGAAUGCAGUUACCCGUUUACCAGUGGAAAGUUAAGAUGAAAAUCUCGCACAAGAUUUGAACUCCAACCGUAUGUCUUUAAUUGUCUUCAUUGGUCGUGUACGAUUUUCGAUGCGUCGUGUUUAAGGCGAAAUGGCAAUCUUCCUUGACUAGCACUUUGGUAUCAUCUGUACUAGUCGAUGUUUGGAUUGCGCCUCCUCUAAUCCAUAGCAAUUGAUGGACGCGAUAAAAGAGCACCCCGUGAUCGUGCUGCAGGGUGAAACAGGGAGCGGAAAGACGACACAAGUGCCGCAGUACCUAGUAGAAGUCGGCUACGGCGAAUUCGGAAAGAUCGGAUGCACACAGCCCAGACGAGUCGCCGCGAUGAGUGUGGCGGCGCGAGUUGCAGAAGAGUUGGGUGUGAAGCUCGGGCACGAGGUCGGAUACAGCAUCCGAUUCGAGGAUUGUACGAGCGACAAAACCUUGGUCAAGUACAUGACAGAUGGUAUGUUGUUGCGCGACUUCUUGAACGAGCCGGACUUGGGCAGCUACUCUGUGCUCAUCAUCGACGAGGCGCACGAGCGCACGUUGAAUACGGACAUUUUGUUCGGCUUGGCGAAGGACAUUGUGCGCUUCAGGGAAGAUUUCAAGCUGAUCAUCUCUAGUGCCACCUUGGAUGCAGAGAAGUUCUCGAAUUACUUUGACGGAUGUCCCAUUUUCUCGGUCCCCGGUCGUCGCUACCCCGUGAGCAUUCACUACACGAAGGGCCCAGAAGCGAACUACAAGCAAGCUGCGGCGCACACUGUAAUGCAGAUUCACCUCACGCAGCCGGUGGGUGACAUUUUGGUCUUUCUGACCGGUGUGCAGGACAUAGAAGAGAUCGCAGAGUUGAUUACCAAAAAAAUGGUUGCGCUGGGCUCGCGCGCACCGGAACUGAUCAUCAACCAGAUUUAUGCCAACCUGCCGACGGAGCUACAGGCCAAGAUUUUCGAGAAGACACCGGAGGGCGCGAGAAAGGUGGUCUUAGCC